AUGCCGCUGCAUCCAGAGUUCAUUCCGCUGGCAAAGCAGAAGGAGAUGUUCGCCAUCAGCUCCUGGCGGGACUCGCCGCAGACUGCCGCCGCAACACAGCCGAUGGUACCGAGUCCCGCCAUUUUACCGGAGGCCCAGUGUGACAAGGACGGUGCUUCGCAAGUCAAAGGGGGGCAUCGCUCACGCAGGGGGCGUCGUGGGAAAAAUCGACUGGUUCAGCGGCAACAAGAUGUGGAUGACUUUUUUUUGAACUGUGUGCUUCCAAAGGGAGUCUCGUUCGCCACGCUCAACUCGGAGCUGCAAUGUAACGCAACGAUGCCACUUCGUGCCUACGACAUUGGAACGCCGUACGCCCUGUUUACCCGACGUAAUUGUGGGGCGUUGUCGGGCGGCAUGGAGCUUGGCAACACGGAAAAUGCCGGUGGUAUUGGUGCCACUGCGACGGCUGCAACUGGCACAAAAGCGCCGAUGCCACCAGGAGGAGACCACAGUAGUACUACCAAUAAUAAUACUAAUAACCAUAAUCCUAAUAACACUAAUACUGUCACAAUUGCCGCUGCCGAUGCGAGAAUAGGGACUUCUUCAUCUGAAGCAGAGGCAGCUGUAGUAGCAAUAGCUUCAGGGGAUGGUUUGGCGACAACAACAAAGAAGUCAAACCAUCCUGCUGUGACUCUUUCACCCUUUCGUACGCCAAUGGUGGGAGCGUCAGGAGCGGCUGUACUGACGCCGGCUGACGACAGCGACGAUUCACCAGGCGACGCUCCUCCUCCAGACUUGGUCCUUCCACCGUCCGUCCCCUCCGAAAUACUUUCAAAGGGGCAUCUGAUCUCGCUUCUUUAUGCCGAGAGUGGCGAGGCAGAGAAGGCCAGUGAGUGGCUGCAGAAAAAGUGGCCGCAAGCGACGGUGAUGGUUGUAGCUCGCAACCGUUCCAUCCUGAACUCCUCACUGGUCCUAAAGGGGCUUCCCAGCCUGGCGAAAACGGAACGCAUCAUUGAGGAAGUUGAGAAGGUCAUCCCACAGAAGCCGUCUUACAUCCGUCUGCAUCGCGGUGAACGGGGGGUGUUCAAAAAUGUUGUCUUUGUGAAGUACCCCAAUCGCGAGGUCGCGGAGGAAAGUAAGUUGCGCCUUGAACGGUUUUUCAUUGGAUCGCGCCAACUUAAGGUGGAGUUUAAAAAGAAGGAAAAGGGAACCGCGGAACGGGAGAGCGAGGCUUCUCUUCAGCAGCUGGUCCGCGACCUCCGCGUCAGCACGGAACACGAAGGCUUUAUAUAUCAACGCAGCGACCUCACAAAGGAUGAAUUGAAGUUGUUGAAGCAGCUUUGCCACUCUUACGGCCUCUCCUUCGACCUCACCGAGCAAAAAGUGACGGUGAAGCGCAUCCUUCCAGGAAACGACCGCCAGUCACCGGCGCUACGCCCCAGCCAGACCACGCCGUUGAACUGGACGCAGGCCACACCCGGAGCUCUGCGACCGAUGGACUUCAAAGGCAUACGUCACUGGGGGGAGAUGCGCAGCAAGUACUCAUCCCUGGGUAUUGCUCGUCCGAAGGGACCCCACGAUGUGCCACCUUUCGCCUCCGGCCGGGGACGUCCGCUGUGA